UAUCUUUAUCUUGUCUUUCGCUCCAUUUUGGUCGACUUCAAUGUGCGACUUAAGCGCAGCUGUUAUAAUCGUUUUGGUUUACAUGAUUGAAAUAUUUGAAUCCUUUGGAGAGUACAUAAUGCGGGAAUAUAAUUUUAACCUAUAUACGUCGUCUAUAGUAUUACAUUAAAAAAUAAAUAAUUCCGAUAGGCUUACAAUGCUUAGGAUAAAAACAAGCUAUUUGACAUCGUAAAACGAAACAUUGUUAAAUGGACCAAUUAGAAAAGACGAUUUAUGUUUUUAAUAACCUUACAUAGAUUCAUAAGUUUUUCAACAAUCAUAUACAAAGCAUAAUAAUUGGCUCGUUUCUAGAUGAAAUAUAAUCGACUAUCACCAAUCAGUACAUUCGAUAUUGCCAACUUGCUGCUAAUACCAACAUCCCUCUUUUUAUUAAAAAUAAAAUGUCGGUGGAGUGAAGGAUUACGGAGAGUAUUGUGUAUGAGGCUUAAAAUUUAUUGUUAGUUAAAUACUAGCGAGUACACGUAUAAAACGAAGAACGAAUUGACGUUUUGAUCGUUGAAUCGCUAACAACGAAUUUGUUCGACUCUCUACUUUUUGUCCCUAUUCUUACGGCGAAUGAUAAUCUUUGUUUUAAAAUCACCAUUGGAGCACAUAACUAAAUAUUUCAAUUAAAGUUAAAAGUUCAGCGAUAUGAAAAAAGAAUGAUGCUAUAAGAGACAGGUGUAAGGCAAGUAAAAACAUUUGAUAAAAUUCCCUAGAUAUCUUCGAUUGUAAAAAAUUGGUAAGCCUGUUGUGGGCGCGUUUUAGUUUUUUUUAGAACACACUUUAUUUUUGUGUACGAUAUCGUUUAGGAGUAUUCGUACCCCCUCUUUCCUUUCGAUUCGUCUUCAGGUUGAGGAGUGAGAAGGGAAAGAGGAUCUUGAGUAGUAGCACGCAAUGCUGUGGGAUACGCACGUGUAACACCAAGCGGAGCAAACAGGGCUUUUAGACGAUGAAGAGAACGAUGGGCGAAUAAAGAUCGAUUAAGAAGAGGUGAUUGGUCGAAGCAAAGUCGCGUGCCGCGCAAAAAUAUUCCGAAGUGAAUGGACGCAUUUCAUCGUCCGCAAUUGAGUCGGGUUCGUUAUUUGAUUCGCUAUUUGCUUCGUUUACGUCGUUCGUCGUUCUGCCGCGCCGUAGGAGCGCGCAAUGUGUGCGCAGUACGCUCUCACCGCGUGCGCGUAGUGUAUCUAACCCCUGUCGAUGACUGCCAUCUUUGUCAAGUGGGUAACCUUUGUUGAUUUGUGUGAAAUGUGACGCCGUUGUCGCGAGAUAAUUGGUGAUCGGUGAUUAAGCGCGAAUCGCGUGUCGACGCAAUUAAGUGUUUAACGAUUGUGUUUUCCCUGGAGUAUCGUCGUUAUCCUGGAUACAUCAUAAAUGGAACUAUUCUGACCAGGAAAUUUCUUAAAGAAAACAAGAAAAAAAGAAAAAGGAAAAGUGUAAGAGAAAUAUAAAUUAAGAAAGUGACAAAUGACAAUGGACUUUGCUGUUGGUAGGAUGUGAAGAAUGUCGCGAGUUCGGGACCAAACAUAGCCGAGCCUAGAUAUAUAAUAUAUCAGGCUCGGAGACAGUCCUCUUUUUCUCCGGUAGCCUUGCUUCCGGUGACGAUCCGACAUGGAUGGGAGCCAGUCAGCCGAAACAUGGUCGACCUGGUUUCUGGAUGCAAUACGAAAAAUUCGUAGCCAGAAACAGAGGCCGAGCGUCGAGCGUAUAUGUCACGCAAUAAGACAACAUCACAAUUUUCACGAGGAAGAGAUAGGGGAACAUCUCGAGGUCGCCGUGAGACGUGGUGAUGUUCUUAAAAUUUUCAACAAGGGCCAAUCAUCUUAUAAGGAUCCUGGUGGUUUGCAAUCGAAACCAUUAAAAGUUGGAAAAGGGACUGACCUAAGUAAGGUCUUAGGAAAGGCUGUGAGAGAGCUUGGUGAAAGAGAUGGCUCAAGUCUGAAAAACAUCGAAAAGUAUAUCAGACAGAGUCAUACAGUGGAAGAAGAAGCUGAAGGAGAUCUCAGGACAGCUCUGAGACUCUCCGCGAAAAGGGCGGUCGAAAGAGGAUUCGUUCUUCAAGACGGUAGGCUGUUUAGGCAACCCGACAGGCCCCCGUAUCACAAGAAAUCUGGUGGUGGUGCUGCUGAAGGAGCUGCCCAUCACAGCCAGUCUCAGGAACCUCCUGCGCCCAAGUUACCAGCUCCUCUUCCAAUAUGCAGAGAAUGUCUUGGUGCAACAGUAGCCAGCAAUAACAACAAUACUAAGCGUAACAGCACUUCCAGUGGUAGUACGUCGGAAAAAUUAAGCAGGUGUAGCGUCUGCGGUGCCGCGUUACAUAAUUCUUGUGCACCACCCGAACUUUCGAUACUCGUUGAUAGGGGUAUAACAUGGUCGUGCGAUGGUUGUUCAUCAAUUUGUGCGGGCUGUCAGUUAGAACGAGAGUCUCAGAAUUAUUUGGUAAAGUGUGCCGGCUGCGUGAAAUGUUAUCAUCCUACUUGUUUGGAUCCCGCUUUGGAUAAGAAGAGUAAGGCGCCUUGGAGAUGUCGACAUUGUCAAACAGCGCAUACUCCAGUUUCCAAGGAAGAUGGAAAGAGGCGCAAAUCGCAGGAUACUACUGUACUUGAAGAAACGCCGACGAGUGCGAGAAAGAGACUCUGCAAAUUGCGUGAAAAUAGAAAGUCUACUGUAUCCAGAAAAAGCCUGGUAGCGUCAACCCCGAACAAGAAAGGAAACUCAGGAGUGGCUCAGGUGGACUGCAGCUCGGACGGUAAUGCGGGUGUUGUCUCCCCUCGUCAACUACCUUUGAUUCCUUCUCCUUUACCACAACCCCCCACCCCACUCGCAGGCCAGGGUAGGCUGCUCGAAGAAAAGAACGACCGAAUUUCUAAGGAAAAACAAAAAUUCUUUAGGCUGAGCGUGUUCAACGCGGAUCACAACAAAUUAAAGCGGGUGGGGGGCGGUGAUAAAUGUAAACCCUCACAGAACGUUAGUCCUAGGUCGACACGGGGUAACGCAAAUUUGAAGAAAGUCGUGCCCAGUAAAAGUGUACCACUAUCUAGUAGUAGCAGCAGCAGUAGCAGUGAGGCCAGUGAGAGCGACAGUUCUGACGGGAGUGAUAGUACAGAUGAUGAUGAUGAUGAGGAGGAGGAGGAGGAGGAGGAGGAGGAGGAGGGUAAUAGUUCAAGCGAAUCCAGCGGCUCAUCUUCUUCGGAAGAGAGUCGAGAGGAGGAGCAGAACGAAACGCCGAAACCAAAGGGCCCCUUUUCUUGUGAUCUUAACGAGGAUAAACCUUGGGGCUUCGCCGCGGCUGCUGCCAAGUUGAACACGGAAUCUCCUUUCUUUAGCAAUAUCAACAAUACUUUCGGUGCGCCUUUACCUAAACUCAAUGUAAGCAAUACACCGACCUUUGGUAUUCAUAUACAGCCAGCCGCUAUUCAGGACAGCACAAAGAAGCAGAAAAGUACGACGAAUAGUUUCGCUAGCAUGGAUAGUAAGAUAAAGCCUGGAACCGGUCAGCUAAAAAGCCUCUUCGAUGGAUUAAGUCAUUUCUUUUCAGCUCCCACUAAUAGUAGAGCGAGAACAGGUGCUCAUGCACCAAAUUACGCACCCGGCAGAAGGAAAAGGUCCAACACUGACGAUGGGAAUAAAACGAACAAAGUUUUUAAAACUACUACGACGGGACAAAGAGGCAAGAGGGAAGUAUCGCCCGGUGCCAGGAACAAGUCGAAAGAGCGGAGAAAAAUCGAAGGUAGCAAUGAAAAUUUAGUAUCUAGAACCCCGAGACCAGGUAUUUUUGUACCUUCGAAUGAAAGCUUGUUCGGUUCUAUGAACAAUAAUGAGAAACCAACAAAAAUGACUCCGUCAAAUUUAGUUAAGACCGCGGUCAAUAGUAAAAGACAUGAGCACGAAAGAAGAAAAUUAAUGAAAGAUGAUACGUCUUUAGUAAAGUGUGCUGACGUUGAUGUAUCCUCACCAUCCUCAUCGCUGUCUUCAUCAAUGAAGCACGAACAACAACAGCAAAACUCGCGAAAAAAAGAAAAGGUCUCAGAGGCGGCAGCUCAGUCACGCCACCCUGCGCCCGCUACUCCGAAAUCCGGCCUGUACUCCGACUCCUCCGUCAAAUCUAAUCCUAACCUUAAGCCUAAUCCAAGAGCCUGUACUAGCGCCAUCACCACCAACACCACCACGACACCCCGCGCGACACCCUGCUCCACCAAGAAGGAUGAACCAAUCGUAUCCCAAACUUUACCACCUGGAGUGACACAAAAAGAUGUAGAAUUAUUCAAAGAUGCUCGCGAUAGAGCAACACAGUUGACAGUCACCACCGGGGAGGAUGAAGAACCUCUGUCUAUUCAUAUCACAUCUAGCACAAGUAGCAACAAUACACGAAAUCCAGCAGCUAUCGUUUUUGGACGUUAUGAAGUAGAAACGUGGUACUCCAGUCCAUUUCCCCAAGAAUACGCGAGAUUGCCAAUAUUAUUCUUCUGUGAAUUUUGUUUGAAAUAUACAAAAAGCCGUGCUGUGUUAGAUAGGCAUAUGGAUAAGUGUCAAUGGAGGCAUCCACCUGCUACAGAAAUUUAUAGGUGCAACGGAUUGUCUGUUUUUGAGAUCGAUGGCAAUGUGAACAAGAUUUAUUGUCAAAACUUGUGUUUGUUGGCAAAAUUAUUCUUAGAUCACAAAACUCUUUAUUAUGACGUGGAACCAUUUUUAUUUUAUGCUGUGACGAAGAAUGACAAACAAGGCUGUCAUUUAAUAGGAUAUUUCAGUAAAGAGAAACAUUGUCCUGCCCAAAGGUAUAAUGUAUCUUGUAUUAUGACCCUGCCGCAAUAUCAAAGGCAGGGUUUUGGCAGAUUUCUCAUAGAAUUCAGUUACCUUUUGUCCAAAGUCGAAGGUAUUCCUGGUACCCCGGAAAAACCUUUAUCUGAUCUUGGGCGUGUAUCAUACCAUUCCUUUUGGAAAAGUGUUGUGCUUGAGUAUUUAGAUGCACACAGAAAUGUAACUGACAUAAGAAUAUCUGAUAUAACAAAAGAAACUGGUGUAUCUGCUCACGAUAUUAGUAUAGCGAUGCAAUUAUUAGGAUUUAUUAGAACCGUUCAUUUGCCUGGUGAAGGAAAUUCUAAAAUUGCCAUUGUAAUAGACUGGGAUAAAGUUGAUGAACAUAUGGCAAAAGUAAAAAAGAGUUCUCGAAUUAAACUCGAUCCAGAUUGUUUGCGAUGGAUACCAUUAUUAACGCAAAUACCUAAUCCUUAUCAAAAUCCCGAAGAAAGCGGUGAUGCUAGUUCAGAAAUUUCUCCAACGAUAGAACCUAAACCUGUAGCAACGGUCGUUGAAAAAAUGCAAAGGGUAAAGAUAAAGAAAAAGCCACGAGGUAGAAGAAUAGGACAGCGAAAAUCAUCUACUUUAAAACCAAAGACAUCAAUAAAAUCUACGCAACAGAAGGUAAUUGCAAAGGAUGAAAAAGGAGAAGAAUCUAAAGUGCCUAAAGAAUCAAAGGUGGCAAAUGAUGUUAUGGAAGUAAGCGAAACGAAAGAGCAAGAUCAAGAUAAUCGAAGUAAUAAUACAGGCAUGGAAAUUGAAAAGCAUUCAGCUGAAGUGGAACGUAAGGUUAUCGUAUCAACGCCAAGAAAUGCACGUGGGAGUAACGUUACAAAAAACACUAAUACAUCACCUCUAUCGAAAAUUACACCUGCUUCGACAAUAUCAAGGAGAAGAAUUCGGGUAGCGAAGACCGCCGCAGUGGAAACACCAACAACAACUACACCUCUAAGAAAACGUAAACAUUCCGAAAAAGUUGAAACUGAAGAAAAGGAAGAAAAAUCUGAAGUGAUUUCUAGAAAAAGAACACGAGAAUCGUUAAGAGAAAAAGGACGAGAACAAGAACGUGAGCGAGAUAAAGAAAAAGAUAAAGAUAAAGAUAAAUUGAAAGAGAAAGAAAAAUCUAAAGAUAAAGAUCUUCAAAAAGAAAAACUUAUGGAAACAAGUAAAACACCACCGAAGAUAACAGCACCAGCACCCUCAGUUAAUCAAAAACCAGCAAAGAAACAGUGCAAGGUCGAUGACAUUUUACUAAAAGUAACUAGUAGACAGUCUAAAUGCUUACAAGCUAAGCAAACAAAAGAGAAAAAGAUAUCUGAAGAGAUUCAAUGUAAUGGGAAACAAGAUACGAAAGAGGUUGCUAAGACGUCUUCCAUAUCGAGGCGAGGAAGAGCAAAAGCAGCGGUAGUAGAAACACUUAAAAUGCCACAAUUAAAACCAGAACCACCUGCAAAAGAUAGAGCUGAAAGUCCAGUCAUAGCACCUCCAUCUCUGUCUCCUCCUCCCGAAGAGAUAAAAAAUACGUCUUCUACAGAUAAACAAUUACCUAUUCCAGAUCUGUUACCAGGAAAAAUAAACGACGUGGAAGAUAGUAAACCUGAAAUAACAGAAGAUAAUGCGACGGUUCCAAUUACAACGGGAUCGGAAGUGACAUCAGCAAGUCCGGGAGAGUACGAAGGUGGGGACGAAGACGAUGGCGAAGAAGAAGAUGAUGAAGAAGAAAAUGAUGAAGAUGAAGAAGAAGAAGAAGUACCUGCACCAAAAACACAAUCUGUAGCACAAUUUUCAAGCGAGUUGGAGAAUGCGUCAAAGGAACGAAAUGAAGAUUUGGACCAAGUUCGCGUAAGUGAUGAUAAUCAGGAUAAGGAAAAAUCUUACUCAUUAAAUGUAGAGCCUCAAAUACCAAUUGUUGGAGAUCAAGAAGAUAUUUUGAAAGUACAGGAAAAAGACUCUGACAUAGAUAAGUCUAUCGAUUGUGUGGAGUCAUCUAAAUUGGUACCUGAAGUCUCUUUAUUAAAAGAAGUCGAAGUUAAGAAAACAGAAAUUUCCACACAAGAAAAAGAUACAUCUAAAGAAGAAACAAUGAUUUACGAACCAUCUAUUAAUUUGAAAGAAGGUAAUUUGAAAGAAGAUGAUACAACUCAUUUAAAGACAGAAAUAUCUCCUUCUACGCCUACAGAAAAGAAAGAACCUUUUUCAACUCCAAAUGUAGCUUCUCCAGAGGUGCAAUCACAUACUCCACAAGAGAAGCUUGUUACGAUUGUGGAACAACAAGAUACAUUACAAUUACAAAAUCAAUCUGAAGAGUUGAAACAGCAUUCACCCGAGAGUGGUAAAACAACACCACAUCUCGAAAAUCCUGGUUCGGUAAAAAGAACACCACCUUCACAACCGGAUUUACCUUCCAUGGGUGUAUACACACCUGAUUCCACAACAAACUCCGUACAUUCGUUACAUUAUGGCCAAUGUGAUUUAGAUGUUAGUCAGCUUGGCUUAGAAUCUCCUACUUCAAUAGCCAGUGAUUUAGCAUCGCAAAACAGCGUAGAAAGACCACCAAGUGCAUUACCAUCAAUGCCAGCUGGACCAGUCACAGUUCCAAUAUCGGUUUCAAUGCAAAUAACAGCACCACCUACUUCAGUAUCGGUGAACAUGCCACAGCAAGUCCAGUAUGCUGAUUGUUCAAUGCCACAACAUACACCACCAGCCCAUGUCAGUAUACAUUCGAUGCAUCAACCUCAUACGCCACAAUCUCUUCAACAACCACGAACUCCACAAUCUCAUACACCCCAAAGUAUACCAACACAAAGUCCACAACCAUUACCACAAAGUCACACACCUCAGCCACUUCCUCAAUCUCACACGCCACAACCUCUUCCGCAAUCUCAUACGCCUCAAAACAUACCAACUCAGAGUCCCCAACCAAUGCCGCAAAGUCAUACGCCUCAACCCUUACCACAGUCACAUACUCCACAACCAAUGCAGUUAUCAAUGGCACAACAGACACAAAAUCAAAGUAUGACACAUACGCAAUCCCAGACGACGCAACCACAGCAACCAUCGACUCAUCAGCAACAACAGCAACAACAACAACAACAGCAACAGCAGCAGCAGCAGCAGCAACAACCACAACAGCAAGCCCAACAACCGCAUAGCAAUAAGAGAGCCAGUGGUUCUCAAACAACUCAUAGAUCAAGGUCUACUCAACAAAGUAGAUCUCAUCGAACGACACCACCAACACCGCAUACACAAACAUCGCAACAUACGACAUCAUCGCAUACAAGUCACACCACUGUAGCUCAUUCAACUCACAUACCACAAUAUCAACAGUCGUCCUCUAUGAGCGUACCACCUGUGCCUCAUCCACAUUCACACACGCAUGCUGCUCACUCUCAUAAUAUGGCUGUUAUUUCACAAGGAAACUACAUGGCAGUGGCGUCACAAGGUUUCCCUACCCAAAACACUUAUGUGAUACAACAUCGAAGCAGUAGAUCUGGCGCACCAACACCAUGUACCACUGCAACUAAUUUCUACAUACAAACGAGUCCGAUGCCACCGCAUCAUACACCGACACCGUCUCUUUCGGGUUCGGGUAAUCAUCAGACAACGAAUUCUUGUAGUUUGGCGAAAUUACAACAAUUAACCAAUGGGUUGGAGAUGAUACCACCCACGCCAUCACCAGCUAUGAAUUUGACACCUCCUCCGCCUAUACCACAUACCAUGACGCCACCACAGACUUCGAGGCAAUUACCAACACCUCCACAGGUACCCUUAGGAUAUCCAAAAAAUUACUACAACGUAAACACAGUGCCACCAGGUACACCAGGGCCACCUAGCAGAUCGACAUCGAGGUCAUCGUCUAAUUCAAAUAUGCCAUCUCUCACUCAACCUUAUCCCAGCGAUAGUCUUUAUCGACAGACUCUCGACCCUGGUAGCACUUGUUCACAAAUGCAGAGUGCCGCAAGCAGGGUCAGCCCGAAUGUGGCAUUGAAUACGAAUCUCAUGGCUGCUGCACCAUACGGAUAUCGAGUCGCUCAACCUACUACUGGAUACAUGAAUCAAGCAGCACAAUUGGGUGGUUUUAUGAACCAAGCGAGUCAAUUACCCGUUGGUGUUGUAAACGUACCUGCACCCUAUCCUCAGGAUCCUCAUCAGCAGAAUCCAGCGGCGGUGUACACAACGUAUCAUGGCUAUAUUAACGGAAGCCUGGCGAUGCAGCCAUUGAAUGGAACCAUGAGGCCACGCUAGUCGGCUCACUGAUUUUCCAUUUCUUUUUCAAUGACGAAUUAUUCCAAUUUGUC